AAACACAUACGUAUCUCGGCCACGCUCUGCCUCAAGUGGCGGAGGCGCGCGCUCAACUCGCACGACACACACACGAGCGCACGCGUACGUAACCGCGGCGGCCGCGACGGUGGCUCAUAGUCAGUCAGUGUGCCGUGAAAGCAGGGGAACGGAGAACGAAGUGUGUGUCGUCGCUGCUGGCUGGUGCCGCCACACACCGAAACACGACGAGAGAGACAGACAAAUUGUAGUAUCGUUCGCGCUUAGUUUUGUCCCUUGUGCUUGUACGUGCGUCCACUAUCAGGCUCAACUCUGCCGAUCGAAGUUUGUACAAGUGUGAGUGCGGAAAAACAAAGCGGACGCAGUUUGUCGAGACUGCGAAGACAAUCCUGUCCGGGAAGUGAGGUCUGGUCGCCGCCAUGAGCGGUGUUAGCCAAGACGGCGCAGGCAUCGUCGUCAGCAGGCGAGUGUCGACGCACUCUACGUUCUCUAUAUAACAUGCACAUGGGUCCUCGCACUCUUUUCUACGGCUCGGUCGUGUUCCUCGGCUCUUUCGUGUCUGCGCAACUUUCGAAGUCGAAGCUGGCGUUUCUUUAAGCGAGUAAUGUAAGCGUCAGCGUACACCUUCUGAUUGAUUUCAAAAACACAUGUCAGACUUCUCCAUCAUGGAUAGUGGAUCGAGCGCAGUGAACUUAAGCGAAAUCUUGGACGUGAUCGGUCAAACAGAUCCAGCCUUCGCUCAGACGGUUCAGGCUGCGGACGUCGAGAUGACCCGUGAACCAGCCAGGGCACAGCCACCACAAGUGGUGAUCCAACAGCAGCAGCCAAGGCGUGCCUACGUCGAGAUUGUUGAGCAACCGGCGAGCAAGGCGCUGAGGUUCCGAUACGAGUGCGAAGGCAGAUCCGCCGGCAGCAUUCCCGGCGUCAAUAGCACGCCGGAGAACAAGACUUUUCCUACUAUUCGUAUCGUGGGCUGCAAAAUCCCAGCAAUUGUCGUAGUUUCAUGCGUCACAAAAGAUCCUCCUUACCGACCUCAUCCGCACAAUCUUGUUGGCAAAGAGGUCUGUAAAAAGGGUGUUUGCAGAAUCAAACUUUCGGGGGAUAAUAUGACCGCGUCUUUCGAUAAACUUGGCAUACAGUGUGUCAAAAGGAAAGAUAUCGAGGAAGCACUGAACGUCCGAGAAGCAGAACAAGUCGAUCCUUUCGGAACUGGUUUUGAUCACAAACGUCAACCAACAAGCAUUGAUCUCAAUGCUGUUAGAUUGGCUUUUCAAGUAUUUUUGGAAGGACCAGGCAAAGGACAAUAUAAAACACGGCUGGCUCCAGUAGUUUCGGAACCUAUUUAUGACAAAAAAGCUAAUUCUGAUCUUGUGAUAUGCAAACUAAGUCACUGCGCUGCCCCAGCUAUUGGAAACAUAGAUAUGGUAUUACUUUGUGAAAAAGUUUCCAAAGAAGAUAUCCAGGUCAGAUUUUUUGAAGAGAAUAACGGACUAGUUGUUUGGGAAGCAUUUGGAGAGUUUCAGCCUAGUCAUGUUCACAAACAGGUGGCAAUAUCCUUCCGUACGCCGAGCUACAAAUUUCCAGACACCAGCAACGAAGUCAAAGCUUACAUUCAACUACGACGUCCCUCAGAUGGUGCUACCAGCGAGGCAUUGCCGUUCACGUUUACACCCACGUGUGGUAGGCCUGGUCAUCAUCUCUUAUCGUUGCGCAAGGCUUUGGCCCGUAAAAAAGCUAUUUGUGAUUUGAACCGUGUGUUAGCGAGCGAAUCUUAUCUGCCGUCGCGAUCGCGUAUUUUGGACGACUUCAAUAACAACGACGAUCUCAACGAUAUCGAUGUGUUAAACGCGAGACGCGCUUACAAUAAACUCGUGGCUCUUAGGGCUCUCAACGAUAUCUACAAUAUUCAGCAGACUCAUCUAGAAAAUCGCAAUUAUCAGGUACCUCCGAAAAGCUCUAUUUUUAGUUCGGCACGCGAGUUAGAUAAUAAUAACGUCGAGACUAUUUGCGACGAUGACAAAACUAUCGUUCCUGAGACUAAUGGUUCCGUUCGCGAUGAUAAUGCCAAUGGCAACGUAGCCGAUAUCGAAACUAGAACUGAGCAGUUCAAUUACAAUCAAGUUGGCAAAUGGGUGGAAAAAAAUCAAGAGACAUCAAGAGACAUUUUGGAAGAGAGCAACAACGAGUUGAUUAAUGAAUCGAUAAACAAUAGUGACAAAGAAUUCAACGACUUGAUAAAGGACGUAGUGGAACUCGAUAGAAUCUACGAAGAUACUCAUACCAAGCUUCUACAAGAACGGCAGCAAAAUAAAGACCAUAAUAUGGAGUUGGACGUGCAAGACAAUCAAACUUAUACCAGCUUGCAGAUGGCCAUGAAGAAUCCGAUUUGGGUUAGAGCACGAAAGCCCGACGAAAACUUACCUGUUCCUACAUGUCAACAGAGUCCCAUAAUCGCUAUAAAUCCGGAUGUUCCUCCGCCACGCCCUCCACCUCUCGUGGCUCGAAUCAAAAGAGACGUAACGCAAGAUUCCGAGGAACAUCUGCCACCUUUACCGCCAAAGAGAAUUCGCAAAACUCCAUCGAUGCCUGUACUUGCACGUCAUAAUAGUCAAAUUUUUACUGAAAAGGAGCAAGCUCCUCAAAAACAUUUACCUACGGUCCCAAGCUCUACUUUACCAAAGCAGAAUAAACCAGGUCUCUUCUCCAAGUUAUUUUCCAAGAAAUCGAAGAAAGAGAACGCGAACUCACUAUCCUCGACAAACAGUCUGCCAGGCUUUGAGAAAAACAAUCCACAGGUGACUGCCGACAAAUUGCCACCCACGGGCGCUUUUGCGACGAGCACUAAGAGCCUCGAGCUAAUAGAUGGUAACGUGACGCCACCAUACGGCGCCGACUUGACCGAAGCCGAGCACUACGCGUUGUAUACAGCUAUGGCACCACACGCCACUGCCUCCGAGUUCGAUGAGAUGUCGUUUUAUUAUAGUCCCGUUGAAGGUGGCAAGAUUUUAGCCGAGGGCAAGCAAGCCGUUUGAAUUGCGGCUCAUCGUCCAACAGGUGUCCUGUCAGUUUUUCAAUUCAAUGUCGAUUAGCUAAAUUUGGAAUUGAAGCUUAGCUUCGACGCGCUGGUAUACCGCGUAAAUAGAGCUUCUUUGUGCUAUAUCGCAAAUCGCGAUUCUGUGUACUUAAAUAUUUUAAAAGCACUCGUAAAACAGCAGCUUUUAGAGAGAAAACUAGAUUGGAUUCUCUAUGAUCAUGAAUUUCGAAAUGGAUGAUGCGCAGAGUACAGUUUCACUUUACUGUCGCCGAUAUUAGAAAAGAGCACUUUACAGAAUUUUACAAAUGUCUGUUUUGAUAGAGCUAUUAUGCUUGCAGAUGCUUAUUCAACUUUAUGAUUUAUCUUUGUUGAGCUAGUUCGUUAACAUAGAUGUUGCGUCUCCAUAAUGACGCAAUACAUAGGUAUUUGUUCCUUGAAAUAUUUACUCUCUUAACCUUUGCGAGAUUGUGUAUGUAUUUUGUACUUCAUACACACACACACACGCGCGCGCGCGCGCACGCACGCAUACCAAAGAUUGCCACUGAAUCGCGAAAGUAAUUUUUUACAUUAUUUAAUUAAAAGCAUCUCUGUGACUUGGUGCCACAAGAAGUCACCAGGCAACAGAGAGUACGGUGGCCAUUAAACGUGCUUUACUAUGAAUUUUUACGUUACCUGUAUUUUUUAUUCAUUGUUGAAUGGAAUAAAAUCAAUGUAUAACGUGAAAUUAAAUGUGCUUGGAAGCUCUAUACAACUUUACAUUUGAUAUAAUUAGAUUUUUGAAGUCAUUGCAUUGAUCUUAAAUCAGAAAGUAAAGGCAGCUAUAUAAUUAAAAUGAUUUCUAUCAAUUAGUUAGAUAUUGAUUUUUUAUAAAAUAUUUAAAAAUCUAAAAAAAUAUUUUAAUACAGUAAUUAUAUUUGAAGAAAAAAAGUCAAUUUAAAAGAAAACAUUCUCCCAUGUGCUUCCAAGCAUUUUUUACUAUCAAUCAUAUGUUUAUAAAAAGAUCUAUUUACUUGAUUAUAAAUUGGUGAAUAUCUUCCAAUCUAUAGACGGGAGAAAAAAGCCAAGAACAGAUCCAAAUUUACUCUUGUUAAGGCAACUGCAAGCUGAAGCUGAGGAUCGUGAGUAUCCGUUAAUAAUGUUCAAAGCAUUUCUUCGCUUUUCUUUUCUAUUUAACAUUUGUAUGACUCAU